GGGGCCAACGUGAACAACUCAAACGUUGAGAACCGCACAGCCCUCCAUCAUGCGGUGCUGCAGAACGAGGAGCAGACGGUGAAGGUGCUGCUGGACGCGGGCAUAUGCGUGAAUCACGCCAACAACGAUGGCAACACCGCCCUGCAUGAAGCGGCUGUGAUGGGAUGGGUGGACCUCGUGGAGAUGAUCCUGUCCAACUCGAAUCCUGACAUUUUCCUGCUCAAUAACGACAACCAGACAGCGAUGGAAUAUGCUCGUCUU